AUGGUCUCACAAGUUAUCGUCCUGGGAGGUACUGCUGGUACUGGUAAAACCUCGAUCGCAGAAGUUUUAGUCGAUGAUAUGAAGAAGAGGAAAGAGUACGAAGGUGUUGAGUAUAUUGAAGGCGAUUCCUUACACCCACAAGCUAACAUUGAAAAAAUGGCUCAUGGCCAUCCAUUGACUGAUGAGGAUAGAUGGGAUUGGUUAAAGAAGGUUUCCUUGACUAGUUCUGAAAGUGCAAGUAAACAUAAAGGUCUUUGUAUUGUUACUUGUUCAAGCUUGAAAAAAAAAUAUAGAGAUUUGAUUAGAGAGACAUCCCCCGGUACAGUUUUUUAUUUUGUUAUUCUAUAUGGGAGUAUGGAAUUAAUUGCUGAAAGGUUAGUCGAAAGAAAGGGCCAUUAUAUGAAAGUCGAUAUGUUACAAUCUCAAUUUGAUGACUUAGAGUUACCAAAGGAUGAUGAGCCUAAUUGUCAUAUUCAAUAUCUAGAUAACAAGGACUUCAGAAAAAUCAAUGAGGAAACAUUAGAAGCUGUUGUUUCAAUGUUGCAUAAGGAUUCCAAUUAA